AUGGCCUCGAAACAUUCCUCGAAGGAGGACCGCAGGCUGAAGGUCCUGGUGAUAGGCGCAGGUGCUGCCGGGAUGUCAUGCGCCGCAACCCUCGCGAAAGAACCGGACAAGUUCGAAGUGACCUUGCUCGAAAAGGACAACGUGCCAGGCGGACAGGCAAAGUCCAUCGCCAUCGACAAGGCCAAAUUCGGUGCGGAUUGGGUCAAUAUCGGGGCCCAGGGUGGCCCGGGGAUAUUCAGGCACACGUACAACUUCUUCCGGGAAUAUGGACACGAGCCGCAGGAGACCACCCUGCAGUUCGCGUUUGGCAAGGGAAAAGAAAACUUCUGGACAAAUGUCUUUCCAACCUCCGUCGUGCAGGAACAUGCGGAGGAGAUACGGAAAUUCGGGGAACUUCUCACGAGAGUCCGCCAGUAUUCCUUGCUCUGGCAUCUCCCGCUAAAGGCCUUCUUGCGCAUCUUCGGCUUCUCAAAGGACUUUGGAAACAAGAUCAUCUAUCCCGCAACCUCCAUCUUCUUCGGCAUGGGAAAUCAGGGCCGUGAUGUGCCAUGUGGGCUCUACCAGGGCCUCUUCGAGGACCCUGAUAUAAAAUUCUGCUCCUAUGACAUGUCAACACUCGUGCCCUUCGACCACUCCGUAUAUGCAUAUCCAAAUAUGAGUCGUUUUUAUCUGGACUGGGCAGAAGGACUCCGUAAUAAGGGGGUCAAUAUCCGAUUCAAUACCCAGGUCGUAAAGGUUUUCCAGAGAAACAAGAAAGGUAUCAUAGUGGAAACCCGCCGGAUCGAUUCAGAUCACAGAAUUGGAGAUAGCGGCAUUAAGAACAGGACCCUAUCGGAAUCUUAUGACAAGAUCGUCUUUUGCAUUCCGGGAGACCAGGCAAAGGACCUACUAGGCGAUCUGGCAACGUGGCGGGAGAAGAUGGUCUUGGGGACAACCCAAUGGUGCAAGGACCUGACCAUUACCCAUUCCGACCAUGCCUACUUUCAGAGAAAGUUCGAGGUCCAUUACCGGGACGAGAUACGCGGUGAAGCCCAGACGCUUGAAGACAAAGAACAUAUCAAAGUUGCAAAGGGGGAACAGGGCGCCGCAUCCAGAUUUCAACCAUCCUAUUUUACAUUCUCGUACCAAGCACGGCCAGAGAAGAUGGAAGUAGGAUACGACUGCACACGAUUCCAGUACCAGUUCCGGAACCCAAACGGUACUGAUGACCCUUUGCCACCGUUCGAAGACCACAUAUUCCAAAGCCACUUCAUAGACGAGAAAAUGAAGCAUGUAUGGACGGUAGACCUUAUCGAUCAGGAAAAAAUAAUCGAGCAAAAGUGGUGGCACCAGCUCUCCCAUAGAUGGCAACACUUUGCGAAGCUCGUGCCAGCCAUGAAGUUUCUGAACGGAAGAAAUGAUACCUUCUAUGCAGGCUCCUGGACCUACACGAAUUUGCACGAAGUAGCUGUGAUAUCUGGUACAGCAGCGGCAUAUCGCCUAGGAGCCCGUUAUGACAAAAUUGACGACGUUGCUGAUAAAGUAUUCGCCUAUUUCCUCAAGAUGUCUCAUGGCAUACGCUUCAAAAGGAAGUAA